GACACACCCCACAUAUAUACUGUAUACAGGACACACCCCACAUAUAUACUGUAUACAGGACACACCACACAUAUAUACUGUAUACAGGACACACCACACAUAUAUACUGUAUACAGGACACAUCCCACAUAUAUACUGUAUACAGGACACACGCCACAUAUAUACUGUAUACAGGACACACCCCACAUAUAUACUGUAUACAGGACACACCACACAUAUAUACUGUAUACAGGACACAUCCCACAUAUAUACUGUAUACAGGACACACCCACAUAUAUACUGUAUACAGGACACACCCCACAUAUAUACUGUAUACAGGACACACCCCACAUAUAUACC